GAGUCCCGCCGCGAAAUGGAAGACUGGCUUACCUCGCUGAAAUCUGCCUCUAUACCGGCACGUGCACGCGGCGAUAGUUUUUUCAUCGAGCAACAUGAUUUGUUCUUCAAUCAUCAUCACUGGUAUGCCACAUCACAUGCGCGCCCCACCUAUUGCAAUGUGUGCCGCGAUGCGUUAUCCGGCGUCACCUCGCACGGGCUGUCUUGCGAAGUGUGCAAAUGUAAAGUGCACAAGCGUUGCGCCGCCAAAGCGAUUGCCAAUUGUAAAUGGACCACAUUGGCCACUGUUGGCAAGGAUAUUAUUGAAGAUCGCGACGGUAGCAUUAUUAUGCCACAUCAAUGGAUGGAGGGUAAUUUGCCGGUGUCAUCAACAUGUGCCGUUUGCAAGAAGACUUGCGGCUCUGUUUUACGUCUGCAGGAUUGGCGUUGCUUGUGGUGUCGCGAGACAGUACACGUGGCUUGUCGUCCACAGAUUGCAGUCGCAUGCCCGCUAGGACCAGCCAAAUUGUCGGUGGUACCGCCAACUUGUGUGCACUCUAUAGGCAAUGAUGACUCUUGGGAUGUGGAAAGUCCGAAGGGUAAUUUUUCGCCGCUUUUAGUAUUCGUCAAUUCGAAAUCAGGUGACAAUCAAGGCGUCAAAUUUUUACGACGCUUUAAGCAGCUAUUGAAUCCAGCACAAGUAUUCGACCUCAUAUCGACCGGUCCCAGUUUGGGUUUGCGUCUCUUCAGACAUUUUGAAAUGUUUCGGAUACUUGUUUGCUCCGGUGAUGGUUCCGUGGGAUGGGUGCUCAGCGAGAUCGAUCGCUUCAAUAUGCAUAAACAAUGCCAAGUCGCAGUUCUGCCACUCGGUACUGGCAAUGAUCUGGCUCGCGUACUAGGUUGGGGCUCAUCGUGCGAUGAUGACGCACAUCUGCCACAAAUACUCGAGCGCUAUGAGUCUGCUAGCACGAAAAUGCUCGACCGUUGGAGCAUUAUGGUCUUCGAAAAGGCUAUCGCUGUACAACCAAAAACACCGAAAAUGUCAUUAUCAAGUGCACAAGAAGCACUGCUCACGGGCAUGGUUACAGCGGCUAAUUUAAAUUUACGUUCGAUCGUCGAAACGGAGGACGCCCAGACGCUCGUAACUGCCACAAAAACACUUUGCGAGACGCUCGACGAACUAAUGUUACAGAUCUGUGAGAGUCGCAAGGACGACGAACAAUUGGCGAUAAAAUGUGAGAUAUUGCGCGAGAAGUUGGGCAUGUUGCUGGAUGCUUUGCGCGAAGAGGAGACUGGUGUGCAUGCGGGUGAUGACUUGUUAGCGACAAUCAGUAGUAUAAUUGCCAAAAGCGCGUCCAACUCACCAACUGCCUCGCCCACGCCCUCGCCAUCGUCUUCACUGCUUAAUCCAAACAUAUCAAUCGAGAAAAACGAAAAAGAACAAUUCAAUACAAAUGAGCGACGCAAUAGCCGCUCGCUGCGUUCUACUGAACGUGAAUCGCUGCAGUGCCGCGCUAACAGCGUCAAACGCGCCAUGUACAAUGUAGUCGAACAUUCUGAACCCGGUCGACCCAAGCGUUAUCAACGUAAGCUCUCGAUUACGCCCUUCGAGGCAUUGAAAAUACCAACCAAUGCUUCAGGCGAAUCGACACCAUGUUCCUCACCGCUACCCAUCAUACCGCCAAUCAAUAUAAUUUCGCCCACCAUGGAAACGUCACGUCUCACAUGCAUAUCCCCACUGCCCGAUACACGACGUGACUCAGUCGAUGAGAAUUUUUUUAACUCAAUUAGCCUACCAGUACCACGCCAAUUUGCGGAUAGUCGUCGCAGUUCAGGUGUGCCCGAAGUUAUACAAGAAAUCGAGGAGAAUGGACAGAAUGGUCAUAGCGAGAUUGUCUAUCGUGUCGGUAGAUUGUCGCUUAGUGGCGGUGCCAACAUCGAUGACUAUGGCAAUCGUUUGCCUAUAGUAGGUGAUGGCAGCGAUGCUAGUUCGCCGACUGAACGCAAAAUCGACUUUCUCAGUGUACCAAUAUUGACAAGCGAACAGAUUAUUGAUCCACUUUCGGACUAUCGUCCAAUUGAGGUAUUUGAACGCAACUAUUACAUGAGCCGUGAGUUGGAUAUGGAAAAGAAACGAAAGCAAAGUGUAAAUAUUGAGGAAGAGCAUGCCAACGAAUGUGGAAAAGACGAACAAGCAGUAACCGAAAAAACUAAGGAGCUGCGUUUCAGUGAUGUGGCUUGCCAACUGCAGGUACCCAACGUAGUCAUAUCCCCUAAAGCCCCAAAUGUAUACUCAAGCGAGUGCAUAACAAUCAUUGACACAGAUUUGCCCACUGUACGUACCGAGCAGUCAUCAUCGGAUGAGUUGCCAGGUGGCGAAGCGAGCGAUGUACUAUCGGCUAUUGGCGAUGAGGAAUGUAGUGUAGCGUCGGAGAUAUUCGAUAAACAACUUGAGACUCCAGAGCCGGGGCAGCCACUGCAAUUGGGAGAUAUAAUACAGAAUCUUGAUGCCAGCUCCUUCACACAUAUCGACUCGCCAGAGACGAGCGACGAAACAGAGGCCGUGCCUGGCGAAUCACUCAUGGAUGAUAUCAGUUCGGUGCUAGGCCACGAUAUAACGUGCGCACUGCAGGACAACACCAUUACCGAUGACACGACAACACUUUGCUCGGACACCAAUCCAGCACCAGCCAAGUCGAUACGCAAGAAAUCGCUCAGUAUGGGCGGACAACGAAGCAACCGGCGAAACUCAUCGCCACCCCGCUAUGCACAAUUGGCGCGUAUGGAUAGCGAUGAGAAUCCGCAACAGUUCGGUUUUGAAAAUAUCGUUUUCGAAAUAGACAAUCGUUGUGAUGAUCAAAAGAUGCGUGAGCCACCAAGAUACUGCAGUCUGGCGCAGUUUGUGGAGGGCAAUGAUAUAGCGCGCCAGAGCUUCAAGCGUCCCAAAAAGCGCACCUCCCUCCGCAAACCCAAAUCCUCUAUACUUAUAUCACAACAACAACUAUCCAUUGAUGCCUCCACAACAACGACCGCGACAUUAACGACGACAACCACAACAUCAACAACAACAACCACCACCACCGCCACUGCAUACUCGAGGGGCCAACAGUUCGAAGAUGAACUUACCACAGAAAUGGCUAUAAAGAUUGAGAUAUGCGAUAUUGAGACCUUUGCACUAGCGGAAAGUGAAACGACAACAACAACGAUAGUAGAUUCUAGUGGUUACCUCCAAAGUAUGUCAUCGCCAUAUUCCCACCAUCAACAACUGCAGGCAACACCCACAAUGACCAACACUUUGAACACCCAACCAACAAUAACAACUAUGACAACAACAACAACAACACUUGGCUCAGCAUUGAGCUCAUCACCGAAAAAAUCUGGACACGGACAAGAUGUAAAGCGCAUUACUUUUGAUGAGUCGUGUAAGAAAGAAUCCUUUGAUGAUGUAAAUCCAAACUAUCCGCAGAUAAGUGUAGUUGUGCGCCCGCCAACACCAUUACGUGGAGAUGCAAUCAAGCCAGUGAAUGCAGCAUCGGCGGCCAGUCUUUUAUCAGCCCGCAUGCUGCCGAUGGAGUUGAGGCGACAUUCGAGUCAUGCAACAACCAGCCUAACGGUACGCGAACAUGCAGAAAAGGAUCGACGACAUUCGGGCUACAAUCCAAAUUUAUUAAGCUUAGAUCCAGAACAUACAAAAUUCUUAAGCUCCUCACCGGCCGCCAGUCGACGCAUCAGCUGUGGCAGUCUCUUCAAGAAAAAGAAUUCGAAAAAUUGCCUUUCCAAGCGCUCUUAUGGAUUACUGGGUUUGCGUUUCUUUGUGGUCGCGGAGCCGGAUAUACGUUUGGCCACAUUGGCUCUCAUAAGACCACUAAUACCAUUGCCCAAUGAAGCGCUACCAAAUCUACAAACAUUAAAAGGCUCCAAGUCUAGCCUCUUUAUGGGCUCUGCAUUAUUCGGUUUUGAUCAUUUCGGUGCUGGCAGUAUUGGUGGCUUAGGUGGUGACAAAGAACGCGACGAAAAGGGUAGCAAAGAUAAAGAGCGCAUGGCUGGCGAAGAAGGUGCUAAAAAAAUGCCGAUUAUAAAUCCACUUGUACGACUGCCAAAUUGGCCAACUCUAGCGAACGGCACUGGUUUUAUCUCCAAGUGCCUAUUAGCCAAUGCAGAUACACUUUGUGCUGCCGUAAGUCCACUUAUGGACCCCGAUGAAACCUUGCUGGCAGGGUAUCAUGAGAAAUGUGUAAUGAACAACUACUUCGGCAUUGGUAUUGAUGCGAAAAUCUCACUCGAUUUUCAUAAUAAACGUGAAGAGCAUCCAGAGAAGUGUCGUUCGCGUGCCAAAAAUUAUAUGUGGUAUGGCGUUUUGGGUUCCAAACAACUGCUACAGAAGACCUGUAAGAACUUGGAGCAGCGUGUGCAGUUGGAGUGUGAUGGUCAGCGUAUUCCAUUGCCCUCACUACAGGGUAUAGUCAUCUUGAACAUACCAAGCUUCAUGGGUGGCACAAAUUUCUGGGGAUCCAGCAAGAAAGACGACAUAUUUCUACCGCCCUGCUUCGAUGAUCGCAUACUCGAAGUGGUCGCCGUCUUUGGCUCAGUGCAAAUGGCUGCAUCGCGUCUCAUUAACCUGCAACACCAUCGCAUUGCGCAAUGUCAGAGCGUGCAAAUAAAUAUAUUGGGGGAUGAAGAGGUACCCAUACAGGUGGAUGGCGAAGCUUGGCUCCAGCCACCGGGCAUGAUACGUAUUUUGCAUAAGAAUCGCGUGCAAAUGUUAUGCCGCAAUCGUCAUUUGGAGGUCUCACUGAAAUCUUGGCAAGAGAAACAACGCCAACACAGCAUAUCAAUACAACGCGACCAAUCGUCAACAGCUUCAGAGCAUGCAACAUCAACCGAUGAAGUGCUGUCGGAGCGUGAGUGUUACGUGCUCUUGAAUUUCAUUGAAGCCGUCAGCUCGCUUGUGAAAUGGGUAAAAUUCUUAAUUAUUUCGCAUCCAUCUUUGCAACAUGAUCUUUACGCUGUUGCAUGCCGUGCAUCGGAUGCGCUCGAGUCGAUACAUCCACAAGGUAAACUACUUGAAGGACCCACUCUGCGCACCAAACUUGUGGAGGUUAUCGAUUCCUCAAGGCAGUUAUAUGAUGAUGCAUGCAAUUUGUUGCGUGAUCGUGGACAUAGCCUGAUACUGCGCGAGGAUCUCGAAACGAAAUUGAGUGCAGCGCUUGCAAAUAUGGAAAUGGAGCUGAAGAAGUGUUCGGUGCAGAAAUGCAUCGAUGGAAAAUUGCGGGCCUACUUCAAUGCCUUGGCGCCAAAUGAAGAGGGUGAUGGCCGCCGCAAAUCGCGUCCGUUCUGGGUGCGUUUACGUUCCGGAUCCACAGUUGGCCAGACCCAACUUAGGCCACAACUCACAAAUACACGUGAAGCAGUCAGCAAUUGGAGUGUCAACGAAGUGGUCACAUGGCUUGAGACGAUGCAGCUAUCCGAAUAUGUGGAUAGCUUCCUAAAGAACGAUAUACGCGGCAAGGAACUACUUACUCUCGGCAGAAGAGAUCUCAAGGAUUUGGGCGUGGUUAAAGUGGGUCAUGUAAAACGUAUAUUGCAAGCCAUUAAAGAUAUGAGCGAAAAUUAAAGAUAAGGAUGGAGACAGGAAGAGGGUGGCCGUAAACAAUUGAAUGAAAAUGAAACGAAAUGAAUCACUUGCAAAGAGUCAGCGAAGUGGCCACAAGCCAGGAAAUACAGCAGCUGUGCAAAUAUGUUGAUGACUUCCUAAAGUGUGAUGUAUGGGGUUAAGCCUCCCAGAAGUCACUCUCUCAUAAAAAACGAAGAGAGUAGUAAAAGUGGCGCAUGCAAAGCGUACUUUAUUUUGCAUGCAAUCAAAACUAUGUGCGUGAUUUCAAGAUAUGGACUUUCAGUAUGAUUAUAAAGUAGACCAAAAAAAAAAACAUUAAAAACAUGUGCACGAAUAAGUUUGCGCCUUGUAGUAGAUAGUAAAUGCUGAUAGAAAUAUGUUCGAUUAGCAGUCUAACGAACUUAGAGAUUACAGAGAUGAGUUCGCAAAUGCAAAUAGUUGGAGAGAUACGUAUGUAAAUGCAAGUUUGAAUAACUAACGAAAAAAUCAAGCAAAAAAUGCAUAAAACAAUCAUAAAUUUAGUUAAGAUAAGUUAAAAUU